AUGGGACGAAGAAAGAGUAAAAGAAAGCCACCUCCAAAAAGAAAAGCAAUUGAACCCUUGGAUACACAAUUUAAUUGUCCAUUUUGUAAUCAUGAAAAAUCAUGCGAGGUUAAAAUGGAUAAACCAAAAAAUGCUGCAAAAAUAAGUUGUCGUGUUUGUUUAGAAGAUUUUCAAACGACAAUUAAUUUAUUAUCAGAACCACUUGAUGUUUAUAAUGACUGGAUUGAUGCCUGUGAAACGGCAAAUUAAUCAUUAAGGCAAAACAAACGAAUAAAAAUAAACACAAAAAAUGAACAAUAAAAACAUCAUUCAGAUUUCAGUGACCUUCAUCAAU